UCUGAGACAGACGCAAGACGCCAGACACCGCGCCAGAUGCCGCGCUCCAAAAAGAAGGCGGUUCGGAACCGAGGCAGGCCGCGGCAGUCCGAAGAGUCUCCAGGAACCCCCCACGGAAGGUCUGCGGAGCCCGAGACCAAGACAGAGCCCAGCCAGGCUCCCGAACCCAGCCGCUUCCUGCCGUUCUCCAGCAGAGGCCACAGGCUCGGAACUCUGGGAGCCAACGAGAGAGCGGGAGCCACCCCCCAAAGCUGCAGCUCACCGUCAACGUCCUCCGCCGGCCUCCGGCGCCCUCCCCAGGCCAAAAGGCCCAAAACCAGCGGUGACAUCGAGCGCCCAGUGAGCACCAGCCAAGAGGAGGGGGGCAUCAGGGGGGGAGAGGAAUAUCUGGAGCCAGUGGACAGGGAACCCCUGGUAUACCACAUGGACACCGGAGUCCAACGCCAUGGUUACUCUGAGGACCUGCCCGAGGACUUUUUCGACAUCACCGUAGAUGACAUCAAGAAGCGGUUUGACCAGCUGAGGAGUGAACGGAUGGCUCAAGAGGAGGCCCCUCUCAUGACCCAGGCUCAGCGCAUGGCUCUCAUGUUGAAGAAGAUGGAGAGAUACCCUAAGGUGACACUGAGGAUCCAGUUUCCUGACAGACACGUUCUACAAGGAUUCUUCCGGCCCUUGGAGACAGUUGACACUUUGAGGCACUUUGUGAGAAGUCACCUGGCAAAUCCCCAGCAGUGUUUCAACCUGUUCACAGCUCCUCCAAGACACAAUCUGGACGACCCCACUGCCACUCUGUUCCAGGCAAACCUGUUUCCAAAGGCUCUGGUUUACUUCAGCUCUGAUGUCCAGACAGACUGUUACCUGCAGAAGCAGCUGCUGGAAUCAAGGGUGUCAGUCCUGGAGGCAGAGAGGGCCAGGGCAUGCUGCACGCCGGGGUCGCCGACCCCAUCUUCCACUUCGGCGAUUUUGGAAGGGCCCUUUCCGCCCCCCGCGGCUUCAAACGCGCCGGCCAAUCAGCAGAGCACAGCGGCCGGCCGGCCCGGGCUCCGAACUAACAGCCAAGCGCCAAAUCCACUUAGGACUGAUCCCAGCAAAGUGCCCGAGUGGCUGAAAAUGCCAGGCAAAAAGUGAAAAUGCAGCUUGUUAAUUCAGAGAAAACUGACUGAGGUGGCCCCCUUGACGUACCCUCAAACCUGAGAUACGGAGUAAAUCAAUGGACAAAUGAAUGAGUGAACUGUGGUUGCACGGCACUCGAGUGAACGGGAGUGUCUUAUGUCAGCCACCACGGCAGCCAUUUUGCACCAGAACGCUCUCAGACACUCAGUUUAGCCAGAGAGGGAGGGGUUUGUUUCAGCCAAUCAGAACUGGGGGUUCCAGUCUUGGGCUGGCAUAGGUGUUGUGUUCCCCUGCGUUCGCUUGAGUGAGAGUUCAGUCACGUAAACGGGUAACGGGUACGAUUGUAAGGGACGCUGGUCUGGAGUGGGGGGGGGGUGUCUGCCGGGCG